UGGGCGGGCGGUCGCGCCGGAGGUGGCGGAUCCAAGAUGGCGCCGUGCGGACGUGUCCGGAGCCGCUGCCCGGGCCCGGCGUUCCUCUUGCUUCUGGCGCUGGCGGUGCGGCCGGCGGCGGGCGGCCCUCCUCCCGCCGCUCCCGCCGUUGCAGGUGGCCUGCCCUUACCGGGGCAGGCGGCGGGGCCGGGCGCGGCGGGCCCGCGAGGUCCCCGCGGCGGCGGCUCGGGCAGCGGGUGGAAGCUGUCGGAGGAGGCGGUGUGCCGGGAGGACGUGGUGCGGCUCUGCUCAAAGCACAGCUGGGCCAACAACCUCGCCGUCCUCGAGUGUCUGCAGGACGUCCGUGAGCCAGAUAAUGAAAUCUCUUCAGACUGCAAUCAUCUCUUGUGGAACUACAAGCUGAACCUGACUACAGAUCCGAAGUUUGAAUCCGUGGCCAGAGAAGUCUGCAAGUCCACUAUUGCAGAGAUCAAGGAGUGUGCAGAUGAACCAGUUGGUAAAGGCUUCUUGGUGUCAUGUUUGGUAGAUCACAGAGGCAACAUCACUGAAUACCAGUGCCAUCAGUACAUCACUAAAAUGACAGCCAUUAUCUUCAGUGAUUAUCGGUUGAUCUGUGGCUUCAUGGAUGACUGCAAGGCCGACAUCAAUCUCCUGAAAUGUGGCAGCAUUCGACCUGGAGAAAAGGAUGCCCACUCACAAGGAGAGGUGGUGGCAUGCCUGGAAAAAGGCCUGGUAAAAGAGGCAGAGGAAAAUGAUCCUCGAAUUCAGGUUUCUGAUCAGUGUAAGAAAGCAAUUCUUCGUGUAGCUGAACUCUCUUCGGAUGACUUCCACUUGGACAGGCAUCUCUACUUUGCAUGCCGAGAUGAUAGAGAACGAUUCUGUGAAAAUACUCAGGCUGGAGAAGGCAGAGUCUACAAGUGCCUCUUUAAUCACAAGUUUGAAGAAUCAAUGAGUGAAAAGUGUCGUGAUGCGCUGACAACCCGCCAGAAGCUGAUUGCCCAAGACUACAAAGUCAGUUACUCACUAGCAAAGUCUUGUAAAAGUGAUCUGAAGAAGUACCGCUGUAAUGUGGAGAACCUUCCCCGGUCUCGGGAAGCCAGGCUUUCCUAUUUGUUGAUGUGCUUAGAGUCUGCUGUGCACAGAGGUCGACAAGUGAGCAGCGAGUGUCAGGGUGAAAUGUUGGAUUACCGGCGCAUGCUAAUGGAAGACUUCUCACUGAGCCCAGAAAUCAUCCUGAGCUGCCGAGGAGAGAUAGAGCACCACUGCUCAGGCCUGCAUCGGAAAGGCCGCACCCUGCAUUGCCUGAUGAAAGUAGUACGGGGUGAAAAGGGAAACGUCGGGCUGAAUUGUCAGCAGGCACUUCAAACACUGAUUCAAGAAACUGACCCCGGUGCAGAUUACCGCAUUGACCGGGCAUUGAAUGAGGCAUGUGAAUCGGUGAUACAGACUGCCUGCAAGCACAUACGGUCUGGAGACCCAAUGAUUCUGUCUUGCCUGAUGGAGCACUUGUAUACCGAGAAGAUGGUAGAGGACUGUGAGCAUAGGCUUCUGGAGCUCCAGUAUUUUAUAUCUCGUGAUUGGAAAUUGGAUACAGUCCUUUACCGCAAGUGUCAGGGAGAUGCCUCCCGUCUCUGCCAUACCCAUGGCUGGAAUGAGACGAGUGAGCUGAUGCCUCCAGGGGCUGUUUUCUCCUGCUUGUACAGGCAUGCAUACCGCACAGAGGAGCAAGGAAGGAGGCUAUCACGAGAGUGCAGAGCAGAGGUCCAGAGAAUCCUCCAUCAGCGUGCCAUGGAUGUGAAGCUGGACCCAGCCCUCCAGGACAAGUGCAUGAUUGACUUAGGGAAGUGGUGCAGUGAAAAAACAGAGACAGGGCAGGAGCUGGAAUGCCUUCAGGACCAUCUUGAUGACUUAGUGCCUGAUUGCAGAGACAUAGUGGGAAACCUCACUGAGCUGGAGUCAGAGGACAUUCAAAUUGAAGCCUUGCUGAUGAGAGCGUGUGAGCCCAUUAUCCAGACGUUCUGUCAUGAGGUUGCAGAUAACCAGAUUGAUUCCGGGGACCUGAUGGAGUGUCUAAUACAGAACAAACACCAGAAGGAAAUGAAUGAAAAAUGUGCAAUCGGAGUUACUCAUUUCCAGCUGGUUCAAAUGAAAGAUUUUAGGUUCUCGUACAAGUUUAAAAUGGCUUGCAAGGAGGAUGUGCUGAAACUUUGCCCCAACAUCAAAAAAAAGGUGGAUGUAGUGAUCUGUCUGAGCACAACUGUGCGCAAUGAUACUUUGCAGGAUGCCAAGGAGCACAGGGUCUCUCUGAAGUGCCGCAAACAGCUGCGUGUUGAGGAGCUAGAGAUGACCGAGGAUAUCAGACUUGAACCAGAGCUCUAUGAGGCUUGUAAAAGUGACAUCAAGAAUUACUGCCAGAACGUGCCCUAUGGCAAUGCUCAGAUUAUUGAAUGCCUGAAAGAAAUCAAGAAGCAGUUGAGUACUCGGUGCCACCAGAAGGUGUUUAAACUGCAGGAGACAGAGAUGAUGGAUCCAGAACUGGACUACACACUCAUGAGAGUCUGCAAGCAGAUGAUCAAGCGGUUUUGUCCAGAGGCAGACUCAAAAAAUAUGUUGCAGUGUUUGAAACAAAACAAGAACAGUGAAGUGAUGGAUCCUAAAUGCAAGCAAAUGAUUACCAAGCGCCAGAUUACACAGAACACAGAUUACCGCUUAAAUCCAGUGCUCAGGAAGGCGUGCAAAGCAGACAUACCGAAAUUCUGCCAAAAUAUCCUGAACAGGGCCAAGGAUGAUACAGAGUUGGAAGGGCAAGUCAUCUCAUGCCUGAAGUUGAAAUAUGCAGACCAGCGUCUCUCUCCAGACUGCGAGGACCAAAUUCGAGUGAUAAUCCAGGAAUCAGCUCUUGAUUAUCGGCUGGAUCCCCAACUUCAGAUGCACUGUUCUGAAGAGAUUUCCAGCUUAUGUGCAGAAGAAGCAGCAGCUCAGGAGCAGACUGGGCAGGUGGAAGAAUGUCUGAAAGUGAAUCUGCUGAAAAUAAAAACAGAAAUGUGCAAGAAGGAAGUGCUCAACAUGCUGAAAGAAAGCAAAGCAGAUAUAUUUGUUGACCCAGUGCUCCACACAGCCUGUGCCCUAGACAUCAAACACCACUGUGCUGCCAUUCCACCAGGGAGAGGACGCCAAAUGUCCUGUUUAAUGGAAGCUCUGGAAGAUAAGCGUGUGAGGUUGCAGCCUGAAUGCAAGAAACGCCUUAAUGAUCGUAUUGAAAUGUGGAGCUAUGCUGCAAAGGUUGCCCCAGCAGAAGGCUUUUCUGACCUUGCCAUGCAAGUUAUGACCUCUCCGUCCAAGAAUUACAUACUCUCUGUGAUCACGGUCGGCAUCUGUGUACUCUUCCUCAUCGGCCUGAUGUGUGGACGCAUCACCAAGCGGGUGACAAGAGAGCUCAAGGACAGGUAGAGCCUGGAUUGCCUGCUGAAGAAAUGCCUGCCCAGUGCCCAGUUUUGUACAGCCCUCCUCUGUAUAGUCUACCCACCCCCUCUUGUGAGAGGAGAAUAAAAAAAAAAAAAAAAAAAUUAGAACAGCAGCAGGUGUUGGCUCAGUUUUCCCAUCCUGGAUCUCAUCCACAGCAUCUUCAUCCUAUGAAAGUUUGUGUGCAACAUUGGCAGCCCAGCCAGCAGCUUUUGUUACCCCUUUGUUAGCAGACUCUUGUUUACCUGCCUGUAGACAAGUCUUUAUUGUACUGUUGGAACUGCCUUCACUCUCCAAAUCAGACUGGUAUGACCUGCAGCUCAAGCAGUUUUUAAGUAAAUUUUUAAAGAAAGACAUAUAUCUGCAUACCGACUAUAUGAUUUAGGUAAUGGUUCAUACUGAAAUCCUAGUCAUCCUCUGUGGCUGGGUGAAAUUGAGGCAGGAAAUUAAAGGGUAAAUUGCAUCUUACACCACAGUUGGCCUUGUUUUGGACAUCUUGCUCACCUUAUGUAAAGCAUCUUCAGAGCAUAGUCUUGGACAACCUAAGGACACCAGCCACUGGUGUCGUCUUCUAGUGAAUAUCCUGCUUUUGUGACUGUGGAUAUUUUUGGUUGAAAAGAUGUCCUCCCUUUCUUCCUCUGCCACUCUCAAGAUAGAAUAAAAUACUGACCAGGAUCAAAUACUCAUGUGAGCUGUACAACUUGUAUUUCAGUAGAUUAAAGACACGGUGUAGACACGAGGCACGUAGAGCCUGUCAGUAGUGUACAGUGCUGCUCUCAGCGGGCAUUAAGUGCCCUGAUCAGUUACUUGGUCAAAUUUUUUAUUAGCAAUGAUGCAGUAAAAUUCUAACACUCCUUUUAUUUUACCUCGUUGCUGCUAAGAUGUUACCCUUCUGAAUUAACUAUCUACAGAUGAUAUUGACAUGCUGGCAAUACAGUGCCCUGUCAGCGAUGCAGAAAGUGACUGAACGCUCAACGUGCUCUAUCUGUAAAACGGUUUCUUCUGGGCUAGCACAGUGGUUUAUAACUGGCCUGUCUGGGUCUUAAUGGUUUGAAUGGUAGCACUGAAGAGUGUUCUUCAUUUCCACAACUACAACUGAUAGCUGUAGCAACUGGCAUUUCCUGGGGUGUAGGAUGCAGGUGCUGGUCCAGCAGGCCAAGCAGGAGUGGAUGGGAGGGUGACAGUGUUGUAUGAAAGGCAGAAACAUCUGGAUCUUUAAGGGAAGUAGCUUUCACAUUGUUACCAUCAAUGUGUGCACUCACGCUAUAUAUAUAGUUACACUUCCAGACCCUGAUACUCACACCCGACAGCCCAAAGGUCUGUUUUAGAAAAGCUGCACCAGUAGUUGUGGCCUCUUCUUACCAUCAUCUUUGUUCCUCAAGGAGGCGUGGAGGGCAUAAGCCACAUGCUUAUGCUGAAACAUCGAGUGUGGCGAAAUCUCAAAGUGACUGCAUGAGAGUCCAUGUGUACAGUAGGAUAAACUUUAUUCGCCUUUUAGAUGUGCUCACCUGUGUGUGCUGCGGUAAAAAUCAUGUGCCUGAAACGGUCCAACUUAGGCUGACACUUGACUCAUACCUUUCAUUUUUCCACUUAGUGCACUGCUAAGUAAGACCUGACACUUCCAGUUCUCCACAUGUUUCUCUAGAGGAACGGUGGAGGUGGUUUUGAGACACUUUGGAGUGUGGAGCAGCUGAUUUGAUGAUGCUGUGUGUACAGAAUGGCGUAUACAUAAUACCGUGAGCUUUGCUGCAGCUGAAGCUUUUUGCAAACGUACCUUCACCCCACUCUAAGGAUGGACAGCAAACUAUUAGUGAGAUGUUCUUAGACUUACUAUGCUAGUGAGUCUUUCGCCGACACUGCUGGCGUUAUAUCAAAGUGUUACGAACACAAGGCAAGCAGUAGCGAAAGUCUGGGCAAUGAAAGUUCAGUGGAGAAUUAGUGCAUGGUAGGAUUGCAGUUAAGUGGUUAGGUAGAACAGAAAUUAAGCCUGAAUUCUUUCUCCCCGCCAUCCUCCCUGGUGCUAACAAAGCUUAACUGGCCCUCUGUCAAUGUGAAGUGGAGCAGAAGAGGAAUAGUUGAUCGCAUCUCUUGAGGUAGCGCAGGUGUGUAACACCACAAAUGUUAGUUUGGCAAUUAUAAGUGUGUAUUGUUUCACUUGACGGGGUGCAGAAAUUACUGCUGUGGAGAUGGGUGUGUUCACAGAGCUGUCAGCAAGGGACGUGGGAUCUUUGUGCAGCCUUGCUUGCUUGGCACGAGUCCUGCUUCUCAAAAUGUCUAUGGGGCAUAACUAAAUUGCUAUCGGAGGGCUUUUUUGAAACUGUUGUGACUUUUCGAAAAGGCAUUGUGUAACCUGAUUAGCUUGAAAAGCCUAAUUAGAUGGUUUAUUGUCUAGAAAUAGCAUCUUCCACUAAAUUCCAAAAGACAUUGCAGUGAAAAUUGUAGGGUUUUAGCCAUAGUUCUGAAUGUAAACCCUGUUCAGCUCUGAAGGUGACUUUCUUAACUUUCAGAUACAAGGCUUUCUGGGUUUUUUUUGCUUUUUCAUUUGGAGAAGGUUAAGGUAGGGGUGCCUGGAGCGCUGUGUUAGGAAUCUGUGGUAUAUGGUGGUAUUAGUUUAUGCUUCGUGGUGUUUCUGUCAGUAGACUCACUUGGGAAUUCGGUUUCAGUGUGAGUGCUCUGAGAUGGUGGUGUAGCUGUGUGUCUGGAAGCCCUCUGAAGCAAAGGUAGAAUACUAAAUCAAUUUCUACAUCGUUCCCUCAGAUACCCUUUGUCACUGUAAGAGCACAGACCCACCAUCACCAGUGUCAUACCUUUAAAAGGGUCCAGGCUAUUUUAUUAUUGAGCAUUGUUAUCUCUUCACCUUUUAAAAUGGGGCCCUCUGCCAUUGCUAGUGACUACAUUUUUUUUUUUUUUCCAUGGCUAGGAAUCUACCAGUCCCAGUCUUGAACUAUCCUUCCCUUCUUUUCACGGAUACUUAAAAAUCUAGAGGUCUGAGAAGCACAGAAACCCACACAAGUACUCUUCCAAAAAUAACCUGCUUGCGCUGUUGCCAACACAACAUCUUGCCUGCAGGUAACUGCUUUCCAUUGCAGGGAAAAAAAUAAAUGGUUGUAAGAAAAACUGCUGUUGCCUUGAACUUGAGGAAGCCUUUUAACUUCUCUGAUCUAAUCAAGAGCACUAGAGAUAGCUGCCAUUGGGAUAGAGAAGUGUGGCAGAACCCAGGGGGACCCUUUCCUCUUCAUGACCCUCACCUCUUGGUGGGGAAAGCCGCCUUCCACAGAAUGCGGUUCAGGAGGUGGGGGUUUGUUUUCCCUCCUUGUCAUCAUAAAACCUUCUCUUGGAGAGCUUAUUCUAGAUGCUGGUGCUCCCAGUGGUGGAUGGAAGGGCUAGAUGAUGGGGGACAUACAAGGCAUGCAGCUCUGUUUCCCUCCUGCUGCUGCAAGGUUAACAAGAUAUGUUUCCUAAAUGAUGGUGUGUGUUUAGAUGACAUGUAUGUUUGCCAAAUGACAGCACAUGAUUAGAUGAUGUGUAAGGGGGACUGUGCAUGAUGUGCACCUCAUUGCGCCACUCCUGCUAGGCUGUUAGUGUUCAUUCUUGUUGACCUUAAGCUUAUUUAUUGUUUACCUAGUGGGUCUAAUCAAGUCCUCUUGCUGAGUUUCAGCUUGGGAUUCUCCUGCCUCGUUUCUGUCAUUCAGGCUGCUGGAGUAACUCAUCUGGGUAGGAACAAAAUUCCUGGCACUUCCAAGUACUGUCCAGCAAGUUCAGUUGAGUACCGUAUGUCUGUGUCACUGCAAAGGGCGGGAAAAGCCCCGAUGAAGGUCAAAAAUCAAAGCAUUUCCUCCCAAAUCUGACGCUUAAAUCCAUGGCAAUAUAAUCAGUCUUGAUUGAAAGAAUCCACUGUAAGCGCGUUGUAUGAAAAAUAAGAGGAGUGAAUGUCUCAAGUACAGAAUAACUGCGGGUGGGCACAGAGGGAGGAAAUGUGACAAGCUGGAGGGAUCAAUCAAAUCCCAUAAUGUUGUAGAGGAAUUAUGUUCGAGUUGGAUGGCGACUUCUGUUAAAACACAACCUUACUUAGUUGAAAGAAGAUUGUAGUACUUUCUUAUUUUUACUGUAUCAGUUUUGCUUGAAAAAAAAAAGUAGUUUUGAGGUGUGUGUGAGUGUGUGAGUGUGGUAUGAAACAUUUCAUCUAGCACUUCUGUCGCUAUUUAAAAUAUAGCUCGGUGGACCUGCAACAGCUGUAGUGUCGGUUUGUAUAAAAGUACUUUCUUAAUUAUGGGGUUCAAAAUCUCGAAGGCAGCUCCCAGGUACUAAUCUUUGUGCGGUCGCCUUGCUGGGGGGCCAAUCCUGCCGGCUUGCUGCUUCCACCUGUGAGCUGUGCUUAGAGGGGACCUGAAUCCCCCCUGUGCUAUCGAGCCCUGAGCCUGCGUGGCGCGGGGAGGAGUAGGAAUGUAUUGCCGCUCGCUGGCCAGAGGCAGAUUGCUGUUUUCUCCUUCCACAACACCCAGAUUUCAUUCCAUAGCUGACUGAAAGCAAAAGAUCCCUUGCUGGGUGAGUCACUGCACCCCGAAAUCCCCCCCCCCCCCCCGCCCCCCCCCAUUUAUUGAGUUAAAGUGCUUGUGUAGCUCUCCCCUUGGGAAAUACUGAACUAGGGGAAAAGGGAGAGGUGUGACCUGCCUGUAGGCGCUGGUGCCGAAGGAGGGGGGAUCAGAAAGUGUGCCUAACCUUCGCAUGCGACUGGAUGGUAUACUGGAGAAGUGACAGUGAGUUUUUUGGGGGGCGAGGGGGUACCCCAGCACACCCUGCUGCCCCCCUGGGGGUGGCACCGCAGGCCUCCCCCACAGUGUACAAAGCAGACCCAGCGGGUUCCUGUUGUACAGCAGAGGCUGUUUGAACUUAGUCUCUUUUAUUUUUAAUUAUUAUUUUUAAAUGUGACAUUAACGAGACUUCUUUUUGUUGUUGUUGUAAAUUGUUUUCCCUUUCUGUGUAUAAAUCCUGGCCGCUCCUUGUUUUGGUUGGGUUUUUUUUUGUUUUUGUUUUUUUACAUGUCCAUGCUGUGUAAUUUUAAGAUGUUACUGAGAUUCUGAACAUAAUAAUGUGCAUUUUUUUCUGUACAGAUGAAAUGGGAGAAUUUAAUAAAAAGAGUCUGCAGGUUUUCA